CACCACACCACCUCGCUCUUCAUCCGACGACAAUGUCUGGGGUUUCUACUCCCCCCAGAACGCCCAAGCUGUCCGAAGGUGGUAGCAGUCGGCCUGGAUCCAAGCCAUCCACUCCAGGUCCCAAGAAACCAGCUACUCCAGCACCAUCACAGCCCCAGGAAGAAGAGGAUGAGGACGAUGACCAGCGCAUGGACGUCGCAUUCAUCCAGAGCUUUUCCGACAAAAUCCAAAGACUCCCUUCAGAGUUACUGGACGGCCUGGAGACUGCAAGAACCAAAAUCACAAUCCCGAAGCGAGGGGAGAAGGACUUUGAACCUCUAGAGGCUACGGUCAACCUGCAAGAGAUGAUGCUUCAGAAUAGUCGGCAGGCUCUUUUCGACGCGCUACAAGGGGUCCGUGGAGCUGCAAGCAAGUCGCUGUCGCAUGCGGUCGUCACACCCUCGUCACCCUUCCCUCAGCUCAUUGUAUCCCGAGGACACGUCUUGGACUCUGUGGGCAUCACAGUUCGACGUUCUGUCACGCAAGGCGAGCACACCAAGACGGUAUCCCGAGUUGAGUUGCUCCCAGAGGAAGCCAUGUACAUGGCCGAGAGAGGAACCCUCCAGAUUUGGAAUGGCCGUGACCCAGAGACGGAGGAAGACAGGCAGCAAGGCGUUGGAGAAUGGUGUGACAAAGAGUUUGGAGUCAAAGGCGCCGUGGAGAUGAGCGUUAUGGAGGUGUUUGGGGCGUUCAUGGGCAAGGAGGCCCUGACAUGGCAGCGAUAUCAGGUAUGUUUGUCACCUAGGCGAGUGCACAGGCUGAUGUUGAACAACUAGGCGUAUACCGUGCUCAAGCGUCUCGGAUACACCGUUCAGCGGACACGCGCAUUCAUCCCCGAGCACUUCCUUCCUCAACAGGAGCCGCCAAGGCUAUCGUUCACGGGGUCCGUCCUAGCUCUACUGCGGUCGGCAUACGAUGGCCUGAAGGCCCUCUUUUCUCGGUUGUUGGGCAAGCUGAAGGUCUCGUUACGGCGUCUUUCGAGCGUCGGACUCGGGGUCAAGUCCCUCUGGAACAAUCCACUCAGAGGAACUGCCCUUCGCUCGUGGUCUGGGGACUCUUACGGGUCAAUUUACUCUGAGCUGCGAUUCAUUCCAAGCGGCCACAGCAACCCCACUCCCCCGCCAAUCUCAUCUGGCCCGGCCACCUCCAUCUAUGAUGCUCUCGAGCGCAACCCAUACUUGCCCUUCUUCCACGUUUGGAAACCCGUCACAGCGUGGAGCAAGGCAAAGUGGGACCGCGGCAGUGCCGAGGGUUUGGCCAAGCAGAAACCAGACUACAUCCUGGCUGUCGUCGAGUGAGGCGGGAGAAUCGUCGCCAUGUCUGGCUGCUGACACCACUUGUCCAGGUCACGAGACACCCCGCUACCCACUCUGACCCAGCUCAGCGAAGUCUUCGACCUGCUGCCCGACGAGCCAACGACGCAACCUAAACGUGUCGGCCCCCAGUACGCAAACCGCCCGGCCCCUCGCUCUACUCCCCAGCCUUCCGCCCAGUCUCGAUUCCAGCAGUGGCUAGGCUGGGUGUGCUGGUGGAAGGCGGCGCCAUCAAGUCCACAAGGCAACGCCAUGCACGCAAUGCGCAACGGUGACCGAGGCCUAAUCGUUGCGGUCAAUGACUCGGGUAACACUGGAUGGGUCCGCUUUGGACGAACGGGCUUCGAGAACUAUCCCAUGGUUUGAAACUAUGUAUGCACGACACCGUCACCUGGCAAUCAUCAGUCAGCCUCUUCAAGUAUCAUCAUAUGUGUCACAUGCA